GCCGGCAUCUCUCUCUCGAGAAGGGUAAGACAUGGCGUCAUCUUCUAGAAGAUCCACCUGUACGGUGCUGACUUCGCGGCGAUCGAUCUCGCCGGGCGGCGGAUCCUCCGCCUUCGCCUCCUCUUCUUCGAGCUUUGCAGCCUGGUCACACGCCUCAUUCUUACACCACGACUACCAGCAUCACCGUUCUGGCUCCCCCACCCGCGUCCACCUCCUGGGCACCGCCUAUACACCGGCCCCGGGCGUCCGGUUCACCAUCGACCGAUCCACCUCACCCGGCCGCUCCCUCGCAACCGCGAACAAGCGCUCCUCGGCAUCCGUCCACCGCACCUGCCUUUGCUCCCCUACCACUCACCCCGGAUCGUUCCGCUGCAGCCUUCACAAGGGCCUCAGUUCCCGCUCCGCUGCCGUUUCCGCCCCGUCGAACUGCCUCAACGCCCGCCGUUCCGCGAUGACGAACUCGCUGGUACGAAUCGGGACCGUGGAGGGCGACUGGGUGAAGCGAGCACUUGCAGCCCUUAUUCGCCCCUCCUCCCAUCAGCAGCGGCGGAGGGUCGACUUCCAACCUCGUCCCAGCCGCCUAUCUCGCAUGUCUAAGGCCGACGAUCCGUAGCUUCCUUCCGCCCUAUUGACAGAUCUGGAAUCAGCAAGAAAGGCAGGAAAAAGAACUGGGAGUGUGGCGGAGAACAGAUCAGAUCCGCCCAUUUGUACAUAAUCUUUUGCGGCAGCCGUUGAUGGCGCAAAUCGAACAAAGGCAUAGGAAUUGAACUGUGAACACCA